UUCUCCCCGGGGACUUCCUAGUUCUUGCUAGCUUCUCCCCAUCAUGCAUGACCUUUCAAAGCCUUCCCUCACCCUCCCGGCCAGGGCCCUCUUUGGGGAGCAGGAACCUAAUCUGCUGACAGCUACACCUUUUCAUAGCUGGUUCAGAUCACUCUGCUCCCUAUGACCUUUGAAUUUGCUCCGCCUCUCUUCUCUGGAGCUCUAGUGGGGGGAGGUGUCAUUUGGGUCCCUCCUGCCGCUGUCUUCCCAAGGACAUCCUUAGCUCCACCCCUUUUCUCCUCCCAAACCCUAUACCUAUUUCUCAGCUGCCCCCAGAGCAGCCAGGGCAACUAACCAACACCUGCAUCAGGGGGCCAGAGAGUGGCCCAAAGGGUAAUCUGGGAUAGGGAAGUAAGGGUGAGCAAGUCCAUGUUGAUGGCUCCUGACAUUCCAAGGCCAGCUCUCCUUCGUCAUCUGAAGGCCUUCUCCUGAGGUAUUGACCACUUUGGGCACCUCUGGAGCUGGGAAACUCAAGGAGGAAAAAAUUAAAACCACCCUACCCCCUGUGAUGAGGAAAGAACGGGAAGGGGAGGAGGGAGUGUGCUUUGAACUGGCCUUGUUUCAGGAAGGAUUGGCAGCCAGGGAAUGUCACAGGUCAGCAGCCUGGACCCCUGGCUAUAAAUAGGCCCUAUGGGCCUGCCAGUCUCCAGCCAUGUUCAGCAGAGGAUCUCAGCUUCCUAUGUGGCAGCACCUGGCACACUGUGGUUCUGCCAGCAUUAUGUUAACCCUUUCUUACUCUGUGCCAAACCAGGGAAGCAGGCUCCUCUCAGUCCCAGCCCUCGAGGAUUCACACUGCCUUAACAAGUAAAGGGCAGAGCUGCCUGCAUCAGGCUGCAGGAGUGAGGGGCACAGCCACCCCAGAUUUGGCUGGGCCCAGGUCCGGACACUGACUGAAACCAGAGCUCCUCCCCAGGAGGUCAAAGUGGGGACAGAAAGACAGCUCUUUGCCUUCAGCUGCCGCUGCGACCUUGUUAGGUAGUCCGACACCUUUGCCUACUUUUGUUCACUCCACACUUAACAAUCUGGGCCUUCCAAUCAAGCCUACUACUUGUCUACUCAAUAAAUCGUGGUUUUUCCAGAAACGAGUUGGGGGGGGGGGGCGGAGAGGGGCGCUUCAGCGCACGUGGCAGUGUGUAUGCUGUGGUGUAUCACUGCAUGUAUAGAUUUUCACUCAUGCCACAGGAAAAAAAAUGAAGAAAAAAACCCGGAAAUCCCCCCUCGAUAAUCCCAGCCACUCUGGGCCCCUGGCAGGGGUGCCCAUGCGGUCCUUUUUCCCCCAAGUGACACUCCCUUCCCAGUGCGUCUUUGGGUCUUCACCACUCCUCCUGCAAGCGGGGAGCUCACGCACUGGCCGGAAACGUCAGACAUUCGUCCCUCGUACCCACUCUGUGGCCCUAGCCAAACCUGUAGCAUUCUUGGCGGUCCAGGCCUCGCAGUGCGUACCGGUUCCUACCUGAGUUCGGCCAAAGCCGGCCACGCGGAAGAGGGCAGCUCCAGGCUCUAGGGGGAGCGCGGCCCACCUCCAGCGGGCUGACCCCUAGAGAAUCUACCAGCUCCGGGGGCGUCACCGCACCUAGGCUGGGGAUUGGCUGACUCUCUCUGAGUCGAAGAGAAAGGUUAUGUUUUCUAUCUUGACUGUGUAUCCCUAAAAGUUUCGGUUCUACAGCUGGGUCGCCAAAGACCCUCUCUCAAUGGACAAUGACUACAACCCCCAGAAUGCAACGGUCCUCUCCGAAAGGAAGACUCGUCUGAGGAUGCGUAGUAAGGGUGACUGGCCCGGAAGCACAAAGCGGGAACCAGCCGAGCUGCGGCAAACGAGAGCUGCAUCCUCGGUGGGUGGCUUUGUGUAGUGUUCCGCGCGCUGCUAUCUCUGGCGUCCGGAGCGGAGUCCUAGAGGGGUUGCUGAGUCCGGCUGCGCUAGGAAAUUGCGCAGAUUGCGGCGGCCUGACGCUGCCUGCAGAGGCCGAGCUUGGACGCCGGGGAGCUGCAACAUCCAGGGGACAACAUGCCAACUGCCAAGCAACUAGCUGACAUUGGCUACAAGACCUUCUCUACCUCCAUGAUGCUCCUCACUGUGUACGGGGGCUACCUCUGCAGUGCCCGAGUCUACCACUAUUUCCAGCGGCGCAGCUCCCGGCGCCAGGCUGCAGAAGAACAGAAGACCUCAGGAGUCCCGUAGAACCGGGGGGGCUAUUUUCCUUGAACAGAGAGGCCUGAGGCCGUGGAACGAUCUCACCUGCACUCAGUUCCAAGUCAAGAGAACUAGGGCCUUAAUGGUUUCCAAAUCCUGCUGAGAAAAAGUGCCCAUGUUUUCUCUGAUACUCCAUCUUGGGGAGGCUGUUGAAUCACAACAGGAAUGGGAGGAUAAGGCAGACAUUAAAUAUUUGCCGUGUCUGUG